AUGGCCAACUCCAAUUCCAACAACGACGCCGACAUAGCCCACAUCACAGGCAACGCCCCCGCGCACGUCAAACGCGCUCUGAGUGACCACAGGCCGAUCUUGGGGAACCGAUUCAAGGAACACAUUCCCGGGCCUAUCUUCUUCGAGGUUAUACAAGAUAGGUUUCGAAUGACAGAACUGUCGAUCAUCAACUCGGAGGGAUCAGACGGGAAUCUGGAGGCGAGGGUUGUCGUUGAGUUGGACGUGGAGGAAGACAUGCUCAACGGGAAAGGCGAGAUGCAUACCGGGUGUUCCGCCUCGCUCAUAGACAUGGGCUCGACACUCCCGCUUCAUGCUCUCGCUAUAGCGAAAGGCAUAGAACAAUAUGUAAGCGUGUCCCAGACGAUGAACGUCAUGUACCACUCGCCCGCAAGACUAGGCGACAAACUAAAGCUGAUAAACACGACAAUCAUCCUCGAAGGAGAUGCACAUUGCGCCAAGACAGAAAUUUGGAAUGCGAGCCGGGGCGGACUCGUCGCGUCCGGGUCGCAGAUAAAGAUGGUCCCUUCGCGUCUUCCUCCGCAGAAGCUUUGA